AUGCAGCAAGAAUGGUAUGAAGAGAAUGGGCGCUGGUACCAUGCAUGGCAGAAGGGUCUAUACAUGUACCCGCAUGACGAGGAGGAACGCCAUCGCAUGGAUGUCUACCACAACCUGUUCUACGACAAAGCUGGGUUGAGCCUGCACUCGGCGAGGUUGAUCCCAGAGGUCGCUCAUCGUCCUCGAAUCAUGGAUCUCGGCUGCGGAACUGGCUUCUGGGCGAUUGAUAUGGGCGAGCAAUACCCAGAGGGAGAGGUCCUCGGACUAGAUCUUGCCAAUCUUCAACCUGCUCAGAUCCCACCCAAUGUUCGGUUUCAGAUACCCUUCAACUUCGAAACUCCUUACUGGAGUCUAGGCCAAGAUUCUUGGGACCUGAUUCACAUGCAGAUGUUGUGUGGCAGUGUUUCUAGCUGGUCGAAUCUUUACGCCAAAGUUUUCUCGCACCUCCGACCUGGUUUUGGAUGUAUUGAGCAACUCGAAAUAGAUUUCGAGCCUCGUUGUGACGAUGGUACACUGCCUCGUGAUUCAUAUCUCAGGCAAUGGUAUAAUUACCUGGUACAGGCUACGGACCAGACACCGAAGACCAUCCGCUAUUCGCACAACACUCGGCAAGCACUGUCGCAAGCCGGGUUUACCGACAUCUCAGAACGAGUCAUCAAAGCACCAUACCGGGCAUGGUCGACUGACCCCACUGCUUUCAACAUCGGCAACUUCCACCAAACUGCGCUGGAUCUCUGUGAAGGCCUUGAAGCCUUGAGUCUAGGCCCUUUCUCCCGUGUGUUUGGCUGGAGCAAGCAAGAGAUUGACGGUUUUCUCGGCGGCGUGCGAGGGGAGAUCCGCAAUCGUUCGAUUCAUGCAUACGCAAACAUCCAUGUGUGGACGGCAAGAAGGCCACUUGCGAGAUAA